GUUGGGUCGCAGCGGAGCGGAGACGAGGCGACACAAGCCCGGCGUGUGCCCAAUCGGCUGCCCCGCGUAGCUCCCUCCGUUCCCGACGCAGUCCCCGCCGGCCGGACGCUUCGUUUCCGGCAAAAGACGCGAUGAGAGCCCCCUCACCAGCUUAAAUUCAAAGCAACACGCCGGCUCCCCCUCAUCAGCUCAAGAGCCCUCCCUCCCACCUCCCAUCCAACUUCUCCAUCUCGCCAGCCACGGGACAUGAAGAGGAAAAAGAAGGCGGCAGAACCCGCGGCCAAGAGGCGCAGGCUGCGGGACCGGGAUGGCGAGCUCGUCGGCGACGGGGAUCUCAUCAGCAAACUCCCCGAUGACAUCCUCGGCACCAUCAUCUCCCUCCUCCCCACCAAAGACGGCGCGCGCACGCAGGCCAUCGCCCGCAGAUGGCGUCCCCUCUGGCGCUCCUCGCCUCUCAACAUUCAUGGUGCCCAUUCCCUCUGCUCCAACGCCUUCAAGUGCUUCUCCGUCGUCUCCAGGAUCCUCGCCGACCACCCUGGCCCCGCCCGCCGCUUCCACUUCCACCACAUCCGCCUCCACAAAGACAAGAAACGGCAUGCCGAGGAAGCCGCUCAGGUCGACAACUGGUUCCAUUCCCGAGCCCUUGACAAGCUUCAGGAGCUCGACAUCAGCUUUGAGUUCUUGGGCUAUGAACCUCGGAAGCUUUACCCGCUGCCACCAUCCGUGUUCCGCUUGGCAUCCCUCCUCGUGGCCACAUUCAGCUUCUGCGAAUUCCCAAGUCAGAUUGCUCCUUCGCUGAGUUUUCCCACCCUCAAGCAGCUCACCCUGUUUCGCGUUUUCAUCUGCGAGGAUGUCUUUCGGCGGGUGCUCUCUGCCUGCAAUGUCUUGGAGUCACUUGAAUUGACGGAUAUUUGUGAUGCGAAUUGCUCGCGCUUGGGCAUUAGCUCCAAAAGUCUUAGGAGCGUGAGCCUCUGCGCUUGUUUUUCAGGCAAAGGAGAAUUGUUCAUUGAGGACGCCCCUCUCCUUGAAAGGCUGCUAUUACCUUGUCCGGGUGCAGGCAGUGAUACUGUCCGGGUAAUUAAGGCACCUAAACUGGAGAUAUUAGGCCCUUUGUCUCCCUGCAUCCCUGAAAUUGAGAUUGCUAAUAUAUUCUUCAAGAGUUUGAUCCCAACAAGCUUGAAUAAUACCAUAGACACAAUGAAGGCUUUGGCUCUUGAGUUUUCGGCCACCGAUUUGAAUGCUGUUAUUGAUGUCUUAAGAUGCUUCCCCUGCUUGGAGAAGCUUCAUGUCAUUUGGAAGAAACACAACUUAAAGAUAGGUAUGAAAGAUGCACGUCAAUAUGACCCACAAGAUCCAGUCAAAUGCCUUGAGACGCAUCUAAAAAAACUGGUGUUGAAAAAUUACCUAGCCAGUAAGCAAGGUGUUGGAUUUGCCAAGUUCUUUGUUUUGAACGCAAAGUUGCUGAAGGAAAUCAAAUUUGGGGUCCGUAAUAGCAUCAACAAGGAAGGGGUGGUCAGCAACAAGAUCAACAGCAAGUUAUGGUUGGCUAAUCAAUACAGGCUGCUAGAAAUGGAAAAUAGAGCUUCUCGAGAUGUGCAAUUGGAAUUCGUACGAAGUCAUAAUGAGGAGCAGCUGGAUCCCCAUGAUUUGUCAACUGCCGAUCCCUUCAAGUGCUAUUUUGUAAAUUGAGUUGAUGAUUUUCCAGAAUAAGCAUGGCAAUGGUUUGUCAAUGGCCGAUCCCAUUGAUGUUGCAGACAAGGUUGAUUAAACCUGAGAAUCUAAUGUCUUUUACUCAGAUUGAUAUGCUCGAAGAUUGCAUAGUUUGUCAAUGGCCCAUCCUUAAAUCGGAUGUGGCUGCUCCAUUCAUACUAUUCCUCUGUGAUCCUCAUGCAUAGUUUACUAUCAAAACAUAUACUCCCUCUGUUCCUAAAUAUAAGAUAUAAGUCCUUGUAGAGAUUCCACUAGGUGGACUACAUACGGAACAAAAUGAAUGAAUCUACACUUAAAAUGCAUCUAUAUGCAUCCAUAUGUGGUUCAUAGUGGAAUCUUUAUAAAGACUUAUAUUUAGUAACGAAGGAAGUAACUAGGA